AUGGAAACGGUUUCUAACUUUUUACCAGGUGUCGCGUUCAUAGUUAAUCAAAGUUUUUCACGUGCUAAUUCAGAAGUUGAUAUUGAAAAAUUAACUAAAACAUUUACAGCACUUAAUAUCACAGUGGUCGAUUGGUCGGAUAGAAACUGCGACGAUAUAAGAGAAUCUUUAAAAAAAUUGCAAACGGAUUGGGUUAAAUAUUAUGCACAUUUCGAAUAUGUUGUAAUGGCUUAUUUAUCGCACGGUUCAGAUGAUGAUAUAGUCAGGGAUCCUGUCAAAGCUUUCUCUAUACAAAACUAUUUAUUGAAACCUCUACAAACUAUUAAAGAGCUCAAUCACAAAUUAAAAUGGUUAAUAAUACAAUCAUGUCGAGGUGUAGAUGAUUUUCAGGAUGUUAUAAUAGAAGGAGAUGAGAAGGAAAUAGAAUAUUUUACCAAAUAUACAUUAAAAUCAUAUUCUACAGCAGAAGGUGGUACUUCGUUCCGGAACAGUUCUGGUUCAAUCUAUAUUGCAAAAUUGUGUGAAGAACUAGACAAAAAUGCUAAAGAUAAAGGAUUACUUGACAUACUUGAAGAUACCAGUUGUGCCGUUAGAAAUUACUUUAGUUCCCUUUUGUCUGAAAAUAUGCUUAUAAUGUCAAUCUUAAAUUCAGAUUCAGAGUCUUCUGAUACUGAAGUUUAUUCCAAGGAUGAAAACAUCACUCAUAUUCAACAAACCCCAACCACAAAUAGAAAUUUUACGGGGGAUUUCUAUUUCAAAUAUGGUUUCGUUUUUAAUAAUAAUAAAUAA